GGAUCCAUCUUUUGUCAAAUUAAAGUCUGAUUUGACUUUUUGUAGCAGGUUAGGAGAACUCACACAGCAGGUUAGGAGAAUUAGGUUAAGAUUAGGAAAAGGGUUGGGGUUAGCUAAAAUGAACAAAAAAUAUAUUUUGAUCUUCAUUUGACAAAAACUGGAUCUCAUCUAGAUUUACCAACUCUUCAUAGGGUUGUUACUAAACGAGGUACAGCUACGGACGAUAUUUACCAUUGAACUACUGCGAGAGUUUGGAUGUACGUUUUGAAGCCUGAUAAGUCGGCUUCUUCUUAUACGUCAGUGGUCGGAUAUCACUUUUGCUAUGGCAAUAGCAGCUAGAGGCAGGAGAGCAAUAUGCAGAUAACGGGUGGUCAAUAGGGAGUAUAUUUGAAAAUACCACAUUUAGGCUCUAUUGGCAUUUAGCAGGACAAAUUGGCUUUGUUAUAUUGUAUCUGUGCGCUGACGAUUAAUUUGAUACAUUGUAGUUUAUUUCCGCAGACCUUAUCCUUUCCCCAUUCAGUUUUCCGAUAGAGACGGCUGAAAGAACCAGAGGUAGCUUAUUUCCGGGUUUUAGGACUACAAAUAUAAGCCAUACCCGACUCGUCAUCUGACUCAUCGUCAUCAGUCCAAACUCGCGGUAGUUCAAUGGUACAUCUCGUCCGUGGCUGUACUCCAUCUAGUCACAACCGUUUCACAGCGGUACCGAGAACAGUUUCCACGUAAUCGUUUUUAUUGUUUAGACAUUUAUUAACACCAAGGAACUGAACCAUAUUACUAAUUUAACAGCACAGCAUGACGUACUUACACCAGGUAGUAUUUAAUUCGUAUUGGAGACGGGACCUGGUUGAUAGUAGCUAACUAGCGUUAACCCCCCCCCUCAAAAAAAAUAGCGUUACCUAGAUACAUCUAACAAUGGCUAACUGUAUGGCUUUUCACACUCAAAUAGCCUCCAUCAUGGAGGUGCUAGCGAAUGCAGCAGUGGCAGAGAUCUGUAAACUCGUAGACGACGACUAUGCUGUGUUUCGUUUAGAAAUAACUCAAAGCCAGAAAGAAAACAGAGGAUUGCGGAGGAAACUACAGCUACAGGAACUGAAGGUGGCACGGGAGCGCGCAGAGAGGACAAUACGAGAGCGCGUCCUCGCCAGUCGUCCCAGUAGUGUCAAGAUCCUUGACGGAUACAGAGGAAUGGCAAGAGGUGAAGGACAUCUCACUGGAGGUCACAGGAGCUUUCUGAAGCCAGUGGGACACGAUACAUGGAAAGAUGAACAACCAAUCACUGUUGAUGAGGGGAGUGGAACCUCAACCCAGCAUGUUAUUGUGAUAGAGUCUGCAGAUACAGAGGCUGCAGGUCCUGAAGGAUCGUCUCUGGUCAAGCAGGAGAAGACUGAAGGAGAGGAGGACCCACAGCACAGCAGAGACAUCCAGACUGGAGUGGCUGUAGCACCCCCUGUAGCUACAGAGGACCCCACCAACACCCCAGCACAGCCCAGGACUCGACGCAGCAUCAUGGAGGAGGAGGAGUGUCCAGAGGUGCUGCUGAUGAAAGAGGAGUGGUAUGAGGAGGGUCUGGGGAACCCUGAGGGGACCAUGGUCAUGGAGGACAACCAGACUACACCUCCUCCUGAACCCACAGAGGAACCAGCUGAGCAGCACAGGACCACACACAGUCUCACUGAGUCAGUAAACAUGGAGGAUGGGAAGCCUGAUCUGCUGCUAGUCAAAGAGGAGACCAUAGAAGACGGUCUAGAGAGCAUUGAUUUGCUGAGUAGACUAAAGAUGGGGGAGCAAGGUGGUUGGCUGGAGGCUAACAGAGGAGACUGGGUGGCCAUCUUGGAUUCCCAAACCCAGACAGGUGCAGCCAAGCGUCCAGGGUACAUUAUCACCGAACAGGCCAGGACCAGAGGCGACAUAGUGGAGGUCAGUGGAUGGGACAGCAUCCUCAACUCUGGGCUGAGGAACAACACUGUUAACCACAACCAGAAACAGACAAUUGAACACAAAACAACAUCCAAACUUAGUCUCCAAGACAACAGACUGGCUGAGACCAGGGCAAGGUGUAGAUUUGGUCUGCAGGGACGGGGAGGUGUUGGUAUGCGGCGGGAGAGAACAGACACAGACUCGGCUAGCGAUGCUCCGUCCUGCUCCUAUAGUUGUGAUUCAGAGAGACUGAUGGCGCCUCAGGUUAACCCCCUAACAGGUGCUGCCUUCAGCCUGUCUUCUAUAGGAUCUAUCAACUGGAACAUGGACCCUGCAACAACACAGACACUCCCUGUCCUUCAUCCUCACACUCUAAUGUUAAACCAGACCUCAGACAAUGCCAGAAUCUCAACACAAAAUGGCUACACAAGCCCAUUAACAAAUGAGAGUAGCAGAGACGGAAUCAGGAAAGGUUUCAGUGCCAAAGAGAAGCGCUUCCACUGUUCAUUCUGUGGGAAAGCCUUCACUUUCCCCAAACAGGUGGAGAUCCACCAGAGGAUGCACACGGGGGAGAAACCUUUUGGCUGCCACCUGUGCCGGGCCAGUUUCUCAGACUCAUCAAACCUGAAGAGGCACCAGAGGGUCCACACAGGGGAGAAACCCUACAGCUGUCCCCAGUGUGAGAAGAGGUUCUCCCACCAGCACCAGCUAAAGAUGCACCUGAAGGUCCACACGGGAGAGAGGCCGUUUGCCUGUACGCACUGUGGGAAGAGGUUCUCAGAGAGGAGCUACCUCAGGAUACACCAGAAGAAAAUGCACACGGCCCAUGUAUAGAGUAUAGUGGUGACAUGUAAUGUAGUACUAGUUAGUAUGUUUGUAGUCAAUUAUGUUGUUUUUGGAUGUAGUUGGGAACUGGAUGAGGUGAACUGAGCAUGAUGAGGCAGAGUAGAUGAUGUGGUGAUGCUUAUUGUGAUGGUGUCUGUAAAAAUGCUUCAACCUUGUCCUGUUGUUUGAUGCUGGGGUUUUAUGAGGAAAUGAUAGUCCCUUAAUUAAUGUUUACUUGACAUGAAGUAGUAAAGAUGUGUGUAAUGUGAUGUUGAACCUUUUCCAAAGUAUUCUCAAAUGAAUUUGAUCAAAUCGAGGGUACCAGAUUUACAGAAAAGGUAAAGUGUUACCACAGUGAGAAAAGUUAUUCUACUUGUCACAUGUAUUAUUUUGUGCAAUAAAAGUUCUGUACUUCA